AGGCGCACCAUGGCAACCGGACCUCUGCGUUGCGGAAUCUGGUCCCUCAGGUCGCUGUGGUUGGGGAACCGCGGCGGGCGCCGCCCCCAACCCGAGGGGACUCGAAAAUGUACAGCCAGCGAUUUGGCAUCGUACAGCGGGAGGUUAAGGGCCCCACUCCCAAAGUGGUGAUCGUGAGAGCCAAGCCUCCCAAAAGCCAAGGGGCUGAGCAUCAUCUGGAAAGAAUCCGACGCAGCCAUCAGAAGCAUCAUGCUAUUUUGGCUUCCAUUAAGUCAAACGAGCGGGAUCGCUUGAAAGCUGAGUGGGACCAGCACAAUGACCGCAAGUUUGUGGACAGUCUUGUGAAAGCAAGAGUCAAGGAUGCCAUGCAAGGGUUUAUCAUCAAUACUGAAGAAAGACGAAAUAAGUUACGUGAACUUUUAGCAUCAGAAGAAAACGAAUAUUUUAUUGAAAUGCAAUUGAAAGAAGAAACAAUUGAGGAGAAAAAAGAUAGAAUGAGAGAUAAAAUCAGAUUAUUAAGAGAGAAGAAAGAAAAAGAGAGACAGGAUUUUGUGGCUGGAAAGCUAGACCAGCAAUUCAGGGAACGCUGUGAGGAGCUCCGUGUUGAGUUGUCCUGUAUCCAUCAGAAGGCAGUGACCAAGGAUCGGAAAGCACAGAUAGCCUUUAAUGAGGAGCUGAAAAGGCAGAAGCUGGUGGAAGAGCAGAUGUUCUCAAAGCUCUGGGAGGAAGACCGAGUGGCCAAAGAGAAGCGAGAAGCUGAAGAGGCGAGGAGACAGAGAGAGCUGGUGGAGAACACACGACUGGGGCUGAAUGCCCAGAUCACCAGCAUCCAGGCGCAAAGGCAGGCAGCGCGGCGGCUGAAGGAGGAGGAGGCGCGCCUUGUGGAAAAUGACAAAGCACAGGUGAAACUUGAGAAUGAACAGGAUAAGCUAAAGAAACAGAAGACAAAACAGGAAAUAAGGGCUGCUUUGCAAAAAGCCCUCCAAGAGAAGAUGGAGCAUAUUCAGCAGGAAUACAGAGAAGAUCAGGACUUGAACAUGAAGCUCAUGCAAAGCGCCCUUCAAAACUUACAGGAAGAGGCUGAUAAAAAGAAGCAAAAAAAAGAAGAUAUGAUAAGAGAACAGAAGAUAUAUCAUCAGUACUUGGCACAGCGGCGUGAGGAAGAAAAAGCUCAGGAGAAAGACCUGGACAGAAUGUUAGAGAAAGAGAAGGAAAAGAAGUUUGCUGAGAAGGACAAGGAGCUGAGACUUGAAAAGGAGGCAAGAAAACAACUUUUGAAUGAGGUCAUGUGUACAAGAAAACUGCAAGUUCAAGAAAAGUUGCAACGAAAAGCAAAAGAACAGGAAGAACGUGCUAUGGAACAGGAACGUAUAAAUGAAGGUCUUAAAGAGCUUAACCGUGAAGAGAGGGAGGAUUUUACAAGACGCUCCAGUUUAGCCCAGGAGUACAGGAAGCAACUUCAGAUGCAAAUGUGCUCCCAACAGCAGGCCCGUGAAGCAGAGAAGGAGGAGGAACACCGAGAGUUUGAAGCAGGGAUGACAGCAGAGAAGAAUUUCCAGGACAAGAUCCAGGAGAUCCUGUCCACCCAUCAAGUGCUGCCCCAAAAUAUUCAUCCCAUGCGGAGAGCAUGCCCUAAUAAACUUCCACUAUAGUUUCAUAAACAUCAACCUAGUUUUUCUCAGUCUUUUACUAUUUUAAACUAUAGCAUGCUUGUAUAUCCCUUUUAACUCAUGGAUAAACUGUUCUUUUAUACUGAGUUUGCAUAAUUAUAUGCCACGAAAUUUUCUUCUUACAAAUUAAACUGUUCCUUUUUGAGAUUUCAUAGACUGACAAAUC